CACCAACAAAACAGAAUUACCACUCAAAGAAAUAUGAACAUGGAAAGUAAAGAGAGUUUCUCCUCUUUUAGAUGUGUUUCGCCGAUGAGCGCUUAAUUACUACUGUCUCCUAUUUGUUCAAGAAUCGUUGUUUUCUCAAAGCACCCUGAUCAUGAUGGUUAUUUUGGAAACUCCUGCCUGUUCAUGAACGACGCCAGAGAUUUCUGAUUGUCCCAUUAUGUUGUUUACUUUCCCCCAGGUGACCUAGCGUAUAAAGCAACUGGUGCGCCUGGUUCUACAAAACUCACUGACGGAGACGACAGUACGUGCGAGAAUGUCUACUCGGGGUAUCCCACAACAGUCCAAACUGGGAUAUAUUUCAGAUUUACAUGGAUGAGAAUUAUUGGGGAUACCAAAGUUCACGAUGUGUCUGUGGAGUUUAAGAAAGAUAGUCAGACAGUCCCGUGCUCCAACAUCUUGAAAUCAAAGGUCAGUGAAAACGUCGUGGACAUCCGAUGUGAGAAUUCCACCCUCACCAUAGACAGCGUGACCCUAUCAGUGUCUGGUCAGACGUCCAUUUGUUCUGUGCACAUCAGUGGCGGACGCUACAUUGGACUUGAACAAGAUGCCCGUCAGUCCACCGUUGCCUUUGAAGGGUAUGCUCAGAACGCUGUAGAUGGAGACACUGACGGUAAUUACGACCACUAUUCGUGUACCCACACCAAAACAAGUGAAGACUUCUCGUGGUGGGAACUUAGUCUGAAGACGCCAGUGAUACCUUCCACAUACAAGCUGUAUAAUAGGGACCGAAACCUGUGCCGACUGACACAGUUCAACGUGAACAGCUACAACGACAAUUCUCUCAGAGGUCGGCAGUACUGGGGAGCCUCCGCACAAGGAGUCGUGACUAUGGACUCCGGCACCUCAGAACAUGUCAAUAGCGUGAACAUAACGUACUCCAAAGUGAACAGAUGUGGAGAACGUUUCAAUAUCAUCACGUUGUGUGAAGUGGAAAUCUACGGAGAAUGUGGCCCCGGCCGAUGGGGAAAAGACUGCGCUCAAUUCUGCAGCCUCAAUUGCUUCAACGGAACGUGCGACCGAGUGACAGGGGAGUGUGUGGGCGGAUGUACUCGGGGCUUCCUGCCUCCUAACUGUGAAGACGGUUGUGGGCCAGGAUAUCACGGCUACAACUGUACAGAACGUUGUUCAACAAGCUGCUACAACAGUUCGUGCAAUGCUAAUACUGGAGUCUGUGACUCGUGUAUAGCUGGGUACCAAGCAGACUAUUGCGACCAAG